AUGUCAUCACACGAAGAGCGGACGGACUCACCUGCCGGGUCUGACCCGCGAGAACAUGUGUCUGAAGACGUCGAGAACCUUGGUGAUCCAGGGUUCGACUUGAGAGACUUAACGCGUGCUUUGAACGCAAGGAAGGCAGAGUAUACCGAUCGGCGAACGGUUCAAGUGAAGAUCGGUACAUGGAAUGUGGCUGCUAUCUCUGGCAUAGAGAAAGACGUCGGGAAGUGGUUCGUGCAAGGGCAGGGAACAAGCGAGAAGUUGUCCGGCUUGAAGGGCUCGCAGUCUGACCGGAAAGAGAGAUCUCCAUCCCCAAGUGGUGAGGAUGGUCAGAAAGGAGAGGGUGACGCAGCUGUACCAUUCCAAUGCAGCCCGGAAAAGGUUGAUCUCUAUGUUCUAGGCUUGCAGGAGAUUGUUGAUGUUUCUUCUCCCACCGAGGCCCUGCGACCGUAUACGGAUCCUGGACCGGCGAACAGAUGGAAAGAGGUUGUCCAUCAAGCCCUGCCUGCGGGAUACCAGCUGGUCUCUGAAGUCCAGCUCAUGGGUCUCUUACUUAUCAUUUAUGCAUCCCCUGCAAUUCGCGACAGCGUCUCCGCUAUCAGCAGCACAUAUGUCGGGACGGGGCUGAUGGGGUACAUGGGUAACAAGGGAGCUGUUGCGACUCGUCUGGUCUUGGGUGAGACCACACGUCUUGUUUUCGUGAAUUGCCACCUAGCUGCCGGGUCAGAUAAAGGAAGCCUAGAACGGCGCAAUUGGGAUGCAUCCCAGAUCUGCCAACGAGCCAAGUUCGAACCAGUGGACUCUGAGAGUGGAGCGCAUGGAGAUCAAGGUGGUGAGAGCAUUGACGAUGAGGACUUUACUUUCUGGUUCGGUGACUUGAAUUAUCGGCUCGAUGAUAUUCCUGGAGAUGAUGUGCGUCAAGUCCUUGCGCGACACACGGAAAAUGCGUACGAUACUGCGCUCCAGGCGAAGCAAUCCAAGUCGAACAGCAAUAGGAAUUCCGGCGCCUCUGAUCCGUCUGAGCGAUCCUCGCCAUCCCCUUCGUUCUCAGAAGAACAAGAAGUACCAGAACCGGUAACGGAUGGGGAGAUCGACCCUCACAACGAUCCUGCCUCUUUACAGACGACCAUCUCUUCUCUUAUAUCCCACGACCAACUACGGAUCCAGCAAAGGAAGGGAAUAGCAUUCCACAAAGGAUGGCAAGAGGGCCCAAUCUCUUUUUUGCCAACGUACAAGUACGACGUUGGGAGCGUGGCAAUGUUUGAUUCUAGCGAAAAGCAACGUGGUCCCAGCUGGUGUGACCGGAUUAUUUUUCGCACUCGGCGGGAUAUGCUCAAGCAUGAGCGUCUGGAAAGAGAAGCCGAGGAAGCACGGAAACGAGACAAGGAGAUGCAGGCCCGUGGGAUGGACCAAGUUGUUGCUGAUCACAAUGUGCUAUUUGAUUACGAUCCCGAGAUCGAUGGCCGAGAUGACUCUGCAGAUGGGGAGGGGUCCGCCUCGGAUGCGGAUCGAGCGAACGAAUCAUCUUCUGCAUCCGAAGAUACGACACCAGAGUUAAUCCGUCAACAUCAUUACAUCUCUCACCAGGGUAUCCUUUCCUCGGACCAUAAGCCUCUGGACGCUAUCUUUACGUUGACUUUCGAUGCUGUCAACCCCAGUCUCAAGGCAAAGGUGCACCAAGAGGUAGUCCGUAAGUUGGACAAGGCUGAGAAUGAGGCCCGGCCUAAUCUCACGGUCGUUGUCGAUGCCCAUCCCGAUGAAAAACGCACGCAAAAAGACCCCAACACUGUCGACUUUGGGGAGAUUAAAUAUGAUGUUCCGGUUCAUCGGACCUUGACCAUCGCCAACACGGGUGGUGCCUCGGCCACUUUCUCGUUUGCUGAGCGACCUAGCCUUGGCGAUGAUAAUAAAGAUAUACCUUCCUGGCUGGACAUUCAUGUUGAGCAUUCUUCGGAGCACGAGCCAACUCCGGCACAGUCAAGCACUCCUGGCAUCAGUCACACUUUGCUCCCAGGCGAGGUGGCUAAUGUCGACAUUAAAGCCCACAUUCGGUCCAUCAAGCACGUUCGAUUGCUAAAUUUGAAAAAAGUCAAGCCCGAGGAGAUCUUGGUCCUCCACGUCGACGGCGGCCGUGACCACUUCAUCUCUGUCUGCGGAAAGUGGCUACCAACCUGCUUCGGCUGCAGCGUGGAUGAACUGACCCGUAUGCCAGAGGAAGGAGCCCGCAGCCUCCGCAGUGACUCAAUAACACAACCAGAAAAAAGUGGCACUGAAGUGCGACUGUCGGCUCCUCGAGAGCUAUUCCGGCUGACCGAAGCCAUCUCCGAUCUGACGGAACGCGCCGUGGCAGAAUGGAGCAUGACCAAAGGCGAGUCCGGGGAAGAAGCGCCGUGGACCAAAGAGCCCUCUGGCAAUGCGUGGCCAUUCCAACCGGACACAUGGACUCUCACGGACCAACAUGAACGCGCGACUCUAGAAGCUUCUGUCCGUGAAUCCCUUGAUACCAACGGCUCUCUGUCCGAAAUCUUUGCGCCCGAGACUCCAUCUCUCCACCGACUGGAGAUCCUCUCUGAAAUUCUCCUUACUUUCCUCAACUCCCUCAGCGACGGCAUCAUCACCGCACCCGUCUGGCAAGAAAUGGAGCAACAGAUGAUCACCCGCGAGAAAUCCAAAGCACCGCCUCUCUCCUGGGAGGAAACUCAAGCAUGGGUGCUCGAGAACCUCGCCUACUCGCCCCCACAUAGUGUUUCCUUCACCUUCGUCACCUUCAUGCUGGCCCGUAUCGCCAAUGAAGUGGCACCGGUCCCACCCGCCGCGCAAUCCAUCUCUGCUUCGUCAUCUUCCAAAAAGCAGAAAGAGUCCCCCGACAAAUCCUCUGAUUCUAACAAACACCAAGACCAGAGUCCGUCCUCGGACUCCCAGUUCCCAACACCACCCACGCCGGCCUCGGCCGCAGCAUUCAUUUCCGGGGGAAGUUUCCGUCGCAAGCCGCGUUCACAAGAUGCAGACCCAGCGUCAACCAAUUUGUCCAACGCGGUAGCGCGCCGACAGGCUGUCGAAGCGGCCUUGGCCUCUAUUUUCGCCCGAGUCCUGAUUUCGCCCGCAGUUCCUACGCCGGCGAAGGAUAAGGAUCGGCGCGCAUCCGACGAGCGCAAGAAGAGUAUCAUCGAGCCUUUCUUAAAGAUGAUUGGUGUGGAUGAGGGAGGGCCAUCCGGAGGACGUUGA